CAAGAAAUAUAUGUCGCUGGAGUAGCUUUCCAGCAACAUGUCUUUCGAAUUUUUUUCCAUUCCAUCCCCAUAAAUAGGACAUCCAGGGGCUCACUCUUUCGGGCACCAAAUCCUUCCAUCACCCUUUCCUCCCCUUGCUUACUACCACAACGUACCAUAGCUACAUUCCUCUUAGUAAUAGCUAGUUAGCUAGCCACGGCCACAAUGCAGACGGCAACCAAGCCUUUGGUAGGCGCACGUGCCGUCCCGUUGAGCCGGAGGGCAUCGUUCCUCGUGGCAGAGGCUCGCCGAAAACCGAGCACGAACUCCCGCCGCACCAGGGUCGGCAGCACCAGCACCACCACGACCACCACCACCACCUUAACCGACGUCAAUGGGCCGGCCCUCACCACGGUCGCCAAGCCGGGCCACCAGUACGACCUCAAGCAGACCGUCGAGAUGAAGGCCACGGUGUCGGUGCACAUGAAGAGUUUCUGGUGGUCGGAUGAGAAGAAGGAAAGGGCCCGUGAUUGGGCGUACGAUCUCAUUCUCGGCUCAUGGCUGACCCUUGAGCUCGUCAGCUCCGAGUUGGAUCCAAACACGGGGCAGGAACAUGAUGUAAUCUCCGGCAAACUCAAGCACUCGCGUGAAACCGAAAAGGAUUACGACUUAUAUGAAGCCAUCUUUACCGUGCCGGCAUCGUUUGGCCCCAUCGGCGCCGUGCGCCUGGUGAACUACCACCACACCGAGAUGUUGCUAGGAGAAGUCAAGAUCUUCCCCGCUGGUGAAGACCCAACAAAGUCAUCCGCCGUCACGUUAUUCCACUGCCACUCCUGGAUCGACCCCUCACAUUGCAGCCCCGACAAGCGUACCUUCUUCCCUGUCGAGAAAUCCUACAUCCCGUCGCAGACACCCAAGGGCGUGGAGAAGUUGCGCAAGAGUGAACUGGAGGCCCUCCGCGGCAAUGGCUGCGGCGAGCGCAAGAAACAUGACCGCAUCUACGAUUACGACGUAUACAACGACCUCGGCAAACCUGAGUCCAAGCGGCCCGUGCUCGGCGGCAAGGAGCACCCCUACCCACGGCGCUGCCGCACGGGCCGCCCACGCAGCAAGACAGAUCCGUCCUCGGAGGAGGAGUCCCACAAGAAGGGCGAAAUGUACGUGCCCCGGGACGAGACCUUCACCGAGCGCAAGGAGCAAGCGUUCCUCACAAAGCAAUUGUUGUCACAGCUGCACGGAUUAUGCACUGGCUUGAAGGUGAACAAGGACAUCCUCCCCAGCUUUCCCACCUUGGCCUCCAUCGACGCCUUGUACGACGACGACUUCAGGAACCAGCCCGUGCAGCCUGAAGGGGGCAAGGUCAGGCUCAUCCUGGAUUUGCUUGCCAAGGAGCUGGUUCAUCUGGUUAAGCUCGAAGGGGCGGAGUUCGUGGAGGGGAUACGUCGAGUCUUCAAGUUCGAAACCCCCGAGAUUCAUGACAUGGACAAGCUUGCUUGGUUCAGAGACGAGGAGUUUGCGCGGCAAACCCUUGCAGGGAUGAACCCACUCAGCAUCCAACUAGUCACGGAGUUGCCUAUCGUCAGCAAGCUGGACGAGCUUAAGUACGGCCCGGCGGACUCCCUUAUCACUAAGGAGCUGAUUGAAAAGCAGAUCAACCGUAUCAUGACGGCCGAAGAGGCCGUGGCUCAGAAAAAGCUGUUCAUGCUGGACUACCACGACUUGCUGCUACCAUACGUACACAGGGUGCGCAAGCUGGACAACAAGACCAUGUACGGGUCACGCACUCUCUUCUUCCUCGCCGACGACGGCACGCUCCGGCCGAUCGCCAUCGAGCUGACGCGGCCCAAGUCUCCACACAAGCAGCAGUGGCGCAAGGUCUUCACGCCGGGAUCGGGAUACAGCGGCAGCGUCACGGGGUCCUGGGAGUGGCAGCUCGCCAAGAUCCAUGUCCUAUCCCACGACACCGGCUACCACCAGCUUGUGAGCCACUGGCUGAGGACGCACUGCUGCGUCGAGCCGUACGUCAUUGCGGCGAACCGGCAGCUGAGCCAGAUGCAUCCCAUCUACCGCCUGCUACACCCGCACUUCCGCUUCACCAUGGAGAUCAACGCCCAGGCACGAGGCAUGCUCAUCUGCGCCGACGGCAUCAUCGAGAAGACCUUCUCGCCGGGGGAGUUCAGCAUGGAGAUCAGCUCCGCGGCGUACGACAAGCAGUGGCGGUUCGACAUGGAGGCACUGCCGGAGGACCUCAUACGGAGGGGCAUGGCGGUCAGAGGGGAGGAUGGCAAGCUGGAGCUGGCAAUAGAGGACUACCCGUACGCCAACGAUGGCCUGCUGGUCUGGGAUGCCAUCAAGCAGUGGGCGUCGGACUAUGUGGCGCACUACUACCCGUGCGCGGCGGACAUCGUCGACGAUGAGGAGCUCCAGGAUUGGUGGACGGAGGUGCGCACCAAAGGCCACCCUGACAAGCAGGACGAGCCAUGGUGGCCGGAGCUGGACUGCCACGAGAGCCUGGUCCAGGUCCUGGCCACCAUCAUGUGGGUCACCUCGGCACAUCAUGCCGCCGUCAACUUCGGGCAGUACCCCAUGGCUGGGUACGUCCCGAACCACCCGAGCAUUGCCCGGAGGAACAUGCCGUGUGAGAUGGGACCGGAGGAGAUGCUCGCGUUCAAGGCGGCGCCAGAGAAGGUGUGGUUGGACACGUUGCCGUCUCAACUCCAGACAGUCAUGGUCAUGGCGACAUUGGACCUCCUCUCGUCGCACGCGUCGGACGAGGAGUACAUGGGCACGCACCAGGAGCCGGCUUGGCAAAGGGAUGGGGAGGUCGACAAGGCGUUUCAGGUUUUCCAGAAGAAGAUGAGAGACAUCGCGGAGCAGGUCGAAGAGUGGAACAAGGACGACAGCCGGAGAAACCGCCACGGUGCCGGCGUAGUGCCGUACGUGCUGCUCAGGCCAUUGAACGGUAAUCCGAUGGACGCUAAAACGGUGAUGGAGAUGGGCAUUCCGAACAGCAUUUCCAUUUAAUCAGAAUGAGAUGCAUACAUGUUUCAUAUAGUGUCAAAUGUAACACAAUUAAUAGAACUUAUUGAAUUCACAUUUGUCGCAAUAAGAAAAGACGACAUUUUUUUGUUACA